UGCUGUAAUUUCGGGUUUUAGUGUCGUCUUGUUUGGAGGGUUGUUCUAAGAGCAAUUGUUUUUUACGGCUUUAGCGGUCAAUUAACUCAGCAGCUGGUCCUCUUGAUUUACAUAAGAGCAUUUGGAAGACCAAUUGUACUGAAGAAUACACAACGUCCGGCACGUUCGCGAAAGAUCGGAUGCCACGAAUUCGUGUCAAGCACGGAGAGGCACACUGUAAAGUCGAUUAAUUUUUAUUGAUUCAAGUGUGCUUUAUUGGCAAGCAUUGGUGUUUCGAGUUUCGAAUGCAAAUCACAUCUGUGGUAAUCAUUUGGAAUCGUUCAACCCGAGCGGUUUCUAAGUACGUCGACGCAACAACUUUGCCAAGAUAAGGACCAAGUCGCCGGCUUUUUGGUCAUAAAUUAUUUUUGAAUUCUAUCAUUUGCCGUGGACUGUUGCGGUUUUAUGCAAAAAUAUUGGCCUCUAUUAAUAUAGCAUGAGCAGCAUUUCGGAUUAAUUCACGCCACAGUGUUGUUGACAGAAGUGAGACGACUUUUGCUGUUUUAAUUUACUUUAGUUCCAGUAACGUCCCUUUGGCGACUUCUAAAUGACUGAGGUCCUCUCUGAUUCAAAGUAUUUAUCGCCAGAAGCGAUAUUCCAACGAGCCUCCAGUGAACCCGAUAUAUUUGGUACGGCUGUACGGCAAAGAACAUGUAGCAAUGCUUCUCAGUUGCAAUACAAUAGAGCAAGGGAGCGAUCGAGAGCUUCGUUUACAAAUGGAGAAAGAUCUCGUUCGCCAUCCCCAAAUGGUAGUGAUUCUGAGGGUCAGAUGGUUGUCGACGGAAGUACACUGAAUGAAAGUUUCAACAGUGCAGACUUUACCUUCAGGGACCGUGCACCAACAUCACCAAGUAGAGAGGAGGUGAAGGCACAGGCUUUUGAACGACUUCAAGAGGAGCUUAAGAAAGCUCAAGAGGAGCUCAAACUGAAAGACGAACAAUGUGAAAAACUAUCAAGAGUAAGAAAUCAAUUGGAAUCAGAGUUAGAAGAACUGACAGCAAGUCUGUUUCAGGAGGCUCAUGCUAUGGUUCGUGCAGCAAAUGUUAAAAGGGCUGCAGCAGAAAAGAGGUUCAAAGAAGCAAAUAACAAGGUUGAAGUCCUUCAAGCAGAAGUGUCUGCUCUCAAACAGUUAGUGUUAACCUCCACAUCAUCACGGGGUCAUUCUAGUGGAAUCAGCUGGCGACGACACAGUGAUGAACACCUCAGCCCAUGUCCAGAUUGCAACUCAUACAAUUGUGAUGCUGCUGUAACAAGGUUAAAUGGAACAUGUUUGCAUGGGUCACAAAAUGGAAAUGAUCCCCCUUCAGAUGAAUCAGAGGUGGAUGUGAUCCUUUUCCGAGAAUUUUUACAAUGGAUGGAUGAACGUUCUGUUUCACAUGAUCAGCCAUUUUUAGCCAGAAUUUACAAAGAAGAUGUUGGACCAUGUUUAGAUUUUCCUAAUAAGGAGCUUGCAUUAGCUGUACACAGUGCUAUUGAAAACAAUACUUUAAUGAUGGAGACAUUUAGUGGCAAACCAGUGUUCAGGAAGUGCGCGCUCACAGGAACGUCUCGAUUUUGUCUUCAUCGUGUGAAGUUAUCAGAAAAAGGUGACUGGUAUAACCUGAGUCGCAACAGUAGAGUCAGGAUUGUAGCAGUCUGUGACUUUUACACUUAUAUGCGGUACAUCCAGCAAGGACUGGUGAAGGCAGACGUAACCGAGAUAUACUGGGAGCUAAUGAGAUUGAGGAGUAAGAUGGCACUCGCGCGGUUCGGAAUGGAGGGCACAGUCAAGAUUCAAAGGAGCAGUGGUCACUCAUAGCAACGCAUGCUCUCUGGUUGAGAUAUCUUACGGGAUCCGUAAGUUUUAUAUCAGGGCUCAGACAAAAGUAAAAUUGUAUUUUCAUGUGAAGUGACUAAGCAUACUGUGACUCUGAGCAGCUGUUAGGAAGCAAUGUGGAAAUGAAUUUUACUGAGUGGUCCUAAUAAAAAUGAGUCGCUAAAGACUUCAACAGAAUUUGUAAGACUUCAAUAUUUCAAUUAUUGAAAUUAUCAAAGUAUUUAUGCUUGCAUUUUGUGUUAAUGUAAUUGAAUACGUCAUUUAAGGAGUUACAAAGUUAGCAAAAUUCGCAAAUUUGUGUAGGGAGUCUUUUUAUUCACUCAAGCAAAAUUACUCAAAUUUUAAAAUAUUUUCAAGUGUAGAAUUUGUGAUUUUUAUCGCCAAAGGACGGUGCUCGCGUGGGGAUAUUUCAUUUAGAAUCAAGUUAUUUAACGUAUUCUUGUAAAAUCAGUGUGUAUUAUUAUUUUAGAGCACUGGUAUUACAUAUUACUCCAUCACUGACAGAGAUUGAUGGACAAGAAUUCUUAGAAACUUUGAAAGGUGGAUUUUCACGAACGAGAGGUUUUCUUAGAGUUGUCGUGCGAUUUUAAUGAGUGAUGUUGAAUUUGAGGCCAGGAAAUGAAUAUAUAUAUAUAAAUAACUCAUCAAACAAUUUUCUUAAGAUAAUUUUUUAUCAGUAGUUUCUAUUUUUCUAUGAGGAGGCCCUUCAGUCUCAUUUGUACAUAAUGACAGAAUCUUUUGAUGAUUUAUCCAAAAGAAAUAAACCUUCAAGCUUGACGUUGUAGUCAAUGUACAUGUUUGUUUAUGUCUAAGUUACUAAUAAGUAGUCCGGUUGGUAUAUUUUUGUUGACUAAAUAUUGUUGCUGUUAUCGUUGUUGUAUUUUAGACAAGCUUCAGAGUUCUGCAUUUACUUUUCAGUGUGCAGACCUUCCAAUAUACACAGUAGAAAUCUUAACUCUCUCUUUUUGGGUUCCUGUCUUUGAAAUUUUCUUCCGUAAUAAAAGAUGCUGUAUUUGUGGCCAGCGUAGAACGAAGUAAAAAUGCGAGUUCUCGCAAGUACUC